CAACGCUGAAGAACCUGUUACUUCUGAUGGAAAAGUCAACUUACCUGAUGCAAUUAACGGGUCCGUCAAUAAACCUGACACCUUUAACAUAAACUCCAGAGUGCCCGAUCCUUUUAAAGUAGUGCGUGAUAAUGAAAAUAUUUCAUCACAUAAGUUGUUACUUGCUUUGCCCGAUCUUAAAAAGGCUGUUAGAAAAGAAUCAGAAGCCAUGAUUUUUGAUGAAGAUGAAGACAAAGAUGAAGGAGAUAUUGGUGGUUAUGUUCAACCCAAUAUAAAUAAUCAAUUGAAGUUGGUUGAUUGGAUUAAAAAGGAGUAUCAAACGCAAGUUUCUCAAAUAAAACAAAUGACUGAUAGAAAGUAUAAGAUGUUCGUUGAAAAAUUUAUUUUAGAAACUAAUUUUGUAUAA